AUCACAUUAACAGAAAUCUAAUCAAAUAAUGUUAAGAUUUUUCCCCUUUUUUGACUCGUAUGCCCUUGGUCUAUAGAAAUAAGUUAUCAACUUCAGAAGAGCGAUGAAGGAAUGCGACAAAACAUAACGUAAUUAAUUCCGUCUGAAUUCCGUUCCGUAGAAACUAAACUGCAAUUAACUCGAGCAAUAGAAUAGGCACUAUUGCACUGAUUCUAAAUUAUUAUGACAUUCAACACAUUAUAAAUAUAACAUGUAUCAUGUAUAUUUACCUAUGUAAUAUUCCCCAAGACAAACCGAUGCUCAUUUGUCGCCCGGUAAUAAAUCAGCAUCGACGUUUGAAAAAUACAACUUACCAAAUUAGGGGUCACUGGAUCAUUUAAUAAAGAUAAAUAACAUACAUUAGUUAAAUAUUAAGUAAUCUGUUUGUUUGAUACCAAGUGUUUAUUAUUAACAAACAUUAUUAUGAUAAUGUUCUAGUUUAUCAGAACGUUUUAACUGCUUGCACGGGAUGGUAUUGUGUUAGGGAGAUAAGUUUUUUUUUUAUAAUGUUGCAAUUGUGCGGUGGUGUUUUGAAGAAGGUGAAUGGGAGGAGGUUUUAUACUGUCAUUGGGUGGGAUAGGUCGCAGCUCGUGCGUUCGAAAGGUUUGAAUGAGGGCCUAAACGUGGACAAACGAAACUUGGCGAGCGCCGAGCGUAAACAAAGAACGUUCACAGACAGAUCUCAGCUGAAGUAUGCAAGGAGGUUGGUUGUCAAACUCGGCAGCGCUGUCAUCACGCGAGAGGAUGGCAACGGACUGGCCCUCGGCAGGCUGGCGUCCAUUGUCGAACAGGUAGCAGAAUGCCAUCAUGAAGGUAGAGAAUGUAUCAUGGUGACUAGUGGUGCGGUGGCGUUUGGAAGGCAGAAGUUGACACAAGAGCUCCUUAUGUCUCUAUCUAUGAGAGAGACAUUAUCACCUAGCGAUCAUACAAGAGAGGACGCGGGCAGCAUCUUGGACCCCCGUGCAGCCGCCGCUGUGGGCCAGUCAGAGCUCAUGUCUAUGUACGACGCCAUGUUCUCCCAGUACAACGUCAAAAUUGCCCAGGUCCUCGUCACGAAACCGGACUUUUAUAACGAAGAGACGAGAAAGAACUUAUUCUGCACAUUAUCUGAAUUGAUAUCACUGAAUAUAGUGCCCAUUGUCAACACUAACGACGCUGUCAGCCCACCGAUGUAUAUUCAUGACGACACCGUGGUACCGGGGACUGGGAAAAAGGUAAGCGAUUUUGAACUUUAUGUUCUUGAACAGAAAGUCGACAUUCUUAUAGAGAGCGUUACCCAAAUUAUGUUUAUUAGAAGGUAAAAAAAUAUUGAUACU